UGUGCUUGUGUGUGUGUUUGCUCGUGUGUGUGUGUGUGUGUGUCCUCCCCGGCCGCAUGAGAUGAGCUGCCUGCAGGCUUCGCAGCCACUGUUUUCGCCUCCUCCUCCUCCUCCUCCUCUUCCUCCGCCUCCUCUCGCGGCUCCUGUCUAUCUGUCCAGUCCCGGAGCGCUGACCACCGUGGCCUGAUCCAGCAGCUGCCGAGCGUCGCGUCACCUCCACACUGCCAACUCUCCGUCGGGACGCGAGGUUCUUCUCUGUCCAUCUUGUAUUGAAAGUGAUCCAACCAGGCAAGUUGUUCGUAAGAGCUGAGACACACAAAACAUGGCCGUGGCCGGGUGUCCUGAUUAUUUCCUGCAUCAUCCAAAUUAUCAGCAGGACAAUAUAGACCGGUCCUCCAAUCACAGGCAGGCUGACCUCAUUGGUCCGAGCUUCCAGCAAUCAGUCAAUCGGAGUUCUCCUAACCACCAAGAAGAUGAUGUUGAUCUAGAGGCCCUGGUAAAUGAUAUGAACUCGUCGCUGGAGAGCCUCUACUCCACCUGCAGUGGUCAGCAGACAGAGUCCACCCCACUACUGCACAAUGGACAGACCACUUCGACACAGCGACAUCAUCAUCUUCACCAUCAUGACAUGCAAAUUAACCACCCGCGGCAGGGUCAGCACUCACAUGCGCUAAGACACAUCUCCCCGGAGCCGCCCUCCUCCUCCUCGUCGUCUGCAGACUCACCGCAAACCAGCCUCCGGCGGUCACAACCUAUGCACAUCCUCGCAGUCAGGAGGUUGCAGGAGGAGGAGCUGAGAACGUCGUCUCUCCCGGCCAUCCCCAACCCCUUCCCCGAGCUCUGCAGUCCAGCGAGCUCACCUGUCCUCAGUCCUGGGUCCCUACCUCCCGGAGAACCCACCACUGGCAACUAUAUUGUGAAGAUCUUCAGUGAAGACGGCAUGGGUAAAGUGGUGGAGAUCCCGGCCGACAUGACAGCCAGGGACCUGUGCCAGCUCCUGGUUUAUAAAAGCCAUUGUGUGGAUGACAACAGUUGGGCACUUGUUGAACACCACCCGUUGCUCGGACUAGAGCGCUGUCUAGAAGACCACGAGCUGGUGGUUCAGGUCCAGGCCUCUAUGAGCAGCGACAGUAGAUUCCUCUUCAGGAAGAACUAUGCCAAAUAUGAAUUCUUCAGAGACCCCUUGACGUUUUUCCCGGAGCACAUGGUCGCGUGGUGCCAGGAAACCAAUCGUACAAUUCCACCGUCUCAGCUCCUUCAGAACUUCCUCGCGACCAGUAGCUGUCCAGAGAUCCAGGGGUAUCUGUAUGUGAAGGAGGUGGGGAGGAAGUCUUGGAAGAAAGUUUACAUGUUCCUGCGGCGCUCGGGCCUCUACUGUUCGACAAAAGGAUCCUCAAAGGAGCCCAGACAUCUACAGUUACUCGCCGACUUGGAGGAGAGCAACAUCUUCACUGUCAUCACAGGCAAAAAGCAACACGGUGCGCCCACAGACUUUGGCUUCUGCAUCAAGCCCAACAAAGGUCGAGGGGAGUUGAAGGACUUGAGGAUACUGUGUGCCGAGGAGGAACAGGCAAGGACGUGUUGGAUGACUGCCUUCCGACUCUUUAAGUACGGGAUUGUAUUGUACCAGAACUACAAGAUUCCCCAACAAAGAAAAACCUUAAUUUCACACUUCUCAGCACCUGUGCGGAGUGUAUCGGAGAACUCCCUCGUGGCAAUGGAUUUCUCAGGGAGGAUAGGCAGGGUGAUUGACAACCCUGUGGAAGCCCAGAGUGCUGCCAUGGAGGAGGGACACGCGUGGAGGAGGAGUCAACGAAUGAACAUAUUGGGCUCCCACAGUCCACUACACCACUCUUCACUAAGCUCAGUCAUCCACAUAGCACAGCUGUGGUUCCAUGGCCGGAUAUCCAGAGAAGAAUCCCACCGCAUUAUCCACCAGCAGGGACAAGUGGAUGGGUUAUUUCUGCUGAGAGUCAGUCAGAGUAACCCCAAGGCGUUUGUGCUCACGUUGUGCCAUCACCAGAAAAUCAAGCAUUUCCAGAUACUACCGUGUGAAGAGGACGGCCAAAUUUUCUUCAGCCUUGACGACGGCGCCACCAAAUUCACCGACCUGAUUCAGCUGGUGGAGUUCUACCAGCUCAACAGAGGAGUGCUGCCUUGUAAACUCAAACACCCGUGCACCGUCGUGGCCUUAUGACACCUUCGGAUCGUCUGAACCCAUGAGCACCCCCCCACCACCCCCCCGGCCCCCGCCGCCCCCAUCACUUGACCUGACUCUGCCUGAUAACAGGCGAAACAAAAGGAAUCGUGGCUGUCGGGUGGUUCUUUUGUUUUUAAUCUUCAUAAGAAGCUGGUGAAUUGACUGAUGUUUCACUGUCGUUAUUGUUUCAUGUCCUUGCGAGUCCGCCAGAGGCUGCUGACGCGUUGGAAAACAAACACUGCCACUUGUGUCAAUGCUGUUGCAAAAUCUUCCACAGUCAUCGAUAAGCUUGGACCCCAAAUCCUUUUGAGUUUUGAAGCGAAGGAUGUUUGGAAGGAUGACAAGUCAAGCUUUUUCGUCAGGACCACUCUGCUCUCUUGAGAACAAGCGGUUUCGCCAUUCAAACUUUUCAUCGGGCGUCGUCAAAGAACAUACUGUAGAUGGAGAGUUGAUUGGGUUUUUUUUUUGCACUCAACGAACUGGGCGUGGCCUUCGACAGUGAAUGACCUUUGUGCUGCUCAGCUGUGAGACGGCGCCGCCCCCCCGCUAGUGUCGCCGGCGUGCAAAGGCCCAAGUUCAGCGUGGAUGAGAUUUGGAGGCGCCACAAAGAGAGUUGCUGUUGAAUCUUUUUGAGGUUCGAAUAUAUCAGAAGUUUGUCAGAUGUUCAAACGAACCUGGAGGAACUCAUGCAGAGGAGGAGUCUGGAACUAUUGGAACAAAGUAUUUUUUUUAUAGUGGACAAUAAAAAAGUCUCAUUUGUCCAUCCUCCCAGAAAUUCAUUCGCUCAUCUCUAAAAACACAGGGUUUCUUUUUCUUAUCGAUGCAUUUAUUGAAGUUAUGUAAUGUUAUCAGUUUUAUCUUUUGUAAAAAAAAAAAUGUAAAAAAGAAUUAGGUCCAUUUUUUUUCUCAUUUUUUUUGCAUUGUGGAUACUUGCAACUCUUCAUUAAUUACCUGAUCUACAAUGAGUCAUUCUGUACCUGUUAUUCUGUUCCCGGUGAAGUCUUUCCCAGCACACUAACAUUUAAAGUAGUAAGCAUGACUCGAACCGCCGAGGUGUCGUUCAGGCUGUGACCAGGAAGACAGCUCUAUUUUUUUUUUUUUGAAGUGAAGCCAUAUGCAGUAGUUUUAUCCAUUUUCCUUCACCGCAGGCUGACGCCUACAUAAAAGCGACCCGUUGCACAAGAUUAAACGCGGGACAAUGGAGAGAAUCGCUGUUGUGUCAUUGGAGGUGAAGGGUAACCACUAGCAGUUCCAUCGGGAGUUCAAUAAUACAAAAAACCAGUCAGCAAAUCAAAGGAAAAGACCAAUCUCUGUCACUCAUUGCCAAACAAAAACUGCUUCAGCCCGGAGACACAGUGGACCCUGCGGGAAACACCUGUCCCACUUCUCGACCCUCCUCCUCCACACGACGAUUCCGGCGCUCGCCACCUACCUGCCGCAAGUCAGUGAGAAGGUGUCAAGCGUUGAUGAGGACCGGUGCGCGGCCUAGUGUGCCCUGGCGCCGCGCUGAUAGCAGCCUCUGUGCAUUACACGCCGCAUGACGCGGCCUUUAUCUGCCUGUGAACAUAAAACACUUGCUGCCUACUGCGCAUCCACCUAUCUCCGAAUUCGGACGGACCGUCGACGAAACGCCAGCAGCGGCUACAGUGUGGGAAAGAUGACGUAGGGAUAAGAAGUUCGUCACAUAAAUCGGAAUAUUGAAAACGAUGCAGAACAGAGCUGCCUCUCGUUCUCCCUCUCUUCCCAGUGUCCACUUUGUUUCGCCCUACUGUCGGAUGACGUGAAGCCAUUCAAGCGUUUUGGGAGCAACAUGAGAAUAGAAAUUCUAGACUUAAGGCUGCGACGGUCCUUACUGGGCCCAUGUUGUUUCAACCCAUGUGGUUUGUAUUUGAGUUUGCUGAUUUGCUCCCCGGCACAUGCUUGUGUUUUUGAACACACAAACUGUUAGUCUGAGAAUACUGAACGUGCAUUUCAGCAAAAUCAAGAGUUUUCCCAAUGCCAGCCAAGGUCAGUCAAGGGCCCCCCCCCCCCCCCCCAAAAAAAAAUAUUUUGAUGGAUUUCCCUUUGUGUUUCGUUCAAACGGGGGCUCCCGUGAUUAACUGCUCAGUACCCCGGGGAUGCUGGUUUUGUGGCACGGAUUGAUCAUGUCUGGCAGAACGGAACAAUAUGGAUAUCACAUUGAAAAGCCAUCCGAAAUUUCGGGGAAAACAAAAGGGAAAUGAUUCAUAUUCAUGUUUGGAUUUCUGUUCAUAUCUACACCCAGCGUUGUCACUAAGUCUCCCCCCUGGAAAAUUGGGUUCAGAGUCAUCCUUUUUCAAAUGUCUUACCACAAAUAGCUUUUUUGUUUUGUUUUGUUUCUUCACCUGAAAUUGUUUUAGUCCUUGUUUUGUUGGUGGUAGCUCUGUUCAAGGCCACCAGCCAGCAGAUUAUUAGAAAUGUAUUUGUAUUUACCGACAUCGAUAGCCAUCUUCUAUUUACCUGCAGGUUGUUUUAAGGUAAACUGAACAUCUGGGAUGCAGAAUAGCCGCACUAUAUCGACACUUUGCGUGGUCACCAUCUAAGAUGCAAUGACUCAAUCAUUUUUAUUUUUUUUUUAUUAAGUAUUGUUGCAAGCAAAAUGUAUUUAUUUAUCUGGAUGUGAUUACUUGAAAAUUUUAGAUUUUUCUUUUUCUCAGCGCUGUUCUGUACUGUUUUUUCUGUUGUCAUUACCAUGAACUGAUUGACCAGUGUGAUUAAUUAUUAUAAUUAUUAUUAUUAUUAUUGUAAUGACCUAGCAACUAUUGAGUUUCGUUCUUUUCUUUUUUCUUUUAGUUUUGAUCAUUCAAAAAUAUUUUUUUCUCAUCAUCAACUCUUUAAUUGUUAUGAAGUGAUGUUUUAAAGCACACCGGCAUCCGUAGUAUUACCAUUGUCAUUCCAGCCGAUGAGCGCUGGAAUGAUGUGAAAUUGAAAACAAAAUGACUUGACUUUCCCAAAGCAUUAGUCACGAAGAUGGUUGUUCAUCUUCUUUUAAGAAUUCCAACCCUUUUAUGAUAAAGAAAAAAAACCUACAGUUUUCUCAUCAUCACUGUCGUGUUGUGACACUCAGAUAUGAAUUCAAGUAAAAAAUAAAAAAAGCUGCAGAUGUUUUGGGAAACUGAACUCAACAUGCUCAUAAUUCAUUUUUGAAACGCCUUGAAUUGUAGACAUUUAGAUGUAGGAAAAAACCCUUUACAUUCAAGUUUAAUUUUUUUAACUUCCUUUUUAUUAAGAUAUGAUUGCAGUAUGAAUAACAACCACCACCCCUACACUUACAUUAAGAAAUGACAGAAUCAUAAAAUAUUAAGACUUCACUGAAACGCUGAUGUCAGUGAUUUCUAAGCACUAAUCUCCCGAGAUUCCGAUUCGGUCGACCCACUUUGCUCUCGUUCGCAAAUUCCCAAUAUUGCAUUUUUUUCUUUUCUUGUCAUGGUCAUGUAUUGUAAGGUGGAGUUAGGGUUUGCAUUACUGUCACAGUGACGGGAUCUUAGUUACUCUAAAUGCAAAAAGGAGGAAAAUACAUUAAAUUAGACAAAUAAAUCAGGUGAUUUGGCGAUUUUUACACUGAUGAAUGUAACUGGGUUGCUCAGGGUUGAUUAGGAGCAUGUUCAAAACUACUGGUCCAUCAGAUCUUUAGGACUUUUAAUGUACAGGAUGAUGGUGACUCGUGAAUAUUGUAGUUUCAUUAAGCUGGGAGCUGUUAACGUUUUCUCCAUUGUGUGCACCACCCAUCUGCUAGUUGUGAUUACUUGAAAAUAUAUUUGCUACAAAAUUGAUUAGAUUCCAGUACUUAAAAGAGUACUUUUAGUUUAACAGUGUUUUUUAAAUAUUAUUGUUUAAGCUGUUCAUAAAAAAAAUAAAAGGCCUGGCUACCUGAAUGCCACCAAUUCUAGUCAUUUUAGAAGCAAAUGUAACCUAAUCUGGUUAAUUUCUAUCAUAUUACGCUGUGUCUUAUAGAGAUGAUCGAGUGCACACUCAAAAUGUGUAAAUAAAAUAACUGCCAGCGUAGCCCAGUGUCAGUUCUGGUAGCCCGGUGACUCGUAAACCCAGAUGGUGCCGCUGGUGACUUGUCUUGCUCUGCAUAAAAACCAGUCCUGACCGUUGUCGGGACGAUUCACGCUCAAAAAGUGGCACUCUGGCAGAGCACUCAGGUGAUCGAGUGUGAAUGCUCGUAUGUUCAGCUGCAGUUUCAGUUUACUUUUUGCAAAAUUGUGAACGAAUUGGCCCCAAUCCUGCAGAGAUGAAUUGAUUUGAUUAUCAUCUUGGCUCUUGUGCAUUUUCACAACAUAGUCACAAUGCAAGAUACCAUGGCUGUGCAAAUGAGUUAGGAAAUAUACACACACAUAUAUAUAUAUGUCUAUAUGUGUGUAUAUAUUAUAUAUGUAUAUAUGUGUGUGUGUAUAUAUACACGUGUGUGUAUAUGUGUGUGUGCGUGCGUGAGUGUGUAUAUACAUAUAUAUGUAUAUAUAUGUAUACAUAUAGAAAUAUAAUAAACUAUUACAUAUUUCAGGGAAUGCAAAAAAGAAAACAGUAACUUAUCUCUUUGUUUUGUAAGAGAGAGCUCCUGUAUUCAUAAUGUGCUUUGCUUCAGUCUGUAAAUAGUCGAAUGGCUUAUAAAUCAUAAUUGUAACCUUUUCAGGUAUUUUUGUACAAAUAAGGGACUGAUAUAUUCUGUUUAUUGUAACUAGAAUAAAACAUUAAUACAUUGAUAUAAAA